CAGCACGAGCAUAAAUAGCUAUCUCGAGAAGACCAUGAGGUCUUCGGGAAAACAGAAGGAUUUUGGCAAAGCCUGUCAGCGUCCUUACUUGCGCAACGUGAUGUCAUUCAAAGUGCCAACGGCUGAACUUCUCAUCUUGGUCUAAUCGAUUCGUUCUCACAUAUAACGAUUGAUGGACCACAUUUUCCCUGUUUUGGGCAACGAAGCUGGCCGCAGCAUGGAUUCGUUUAUUGCAAUUCUCGCAUUAUUUGCGAUCUAUGUGUUCUACACUGCCAUCUACCGCUUAUACUUUGGUCCUCUAAGUCACAUACCAGGGCCGCGCCUCGCAGCGCUGAGUCGCCUGUACGAAGCAUAUUACGAUGUAUGGCUAAACGGGCAAUAUACCCUGAAGAUCAUGGACCUUCACAAGACUUACGGUCCGAUCGUUCGCGUGGCUCCACGCGAGCUUCACAUAUCCGACCCUGAUUUUUACGACACCAUCUAUGCCAGUUCUGCUGCGCCGCGGCGUACGGACAAAGAUCCGUACUAUACGAAAUUUAUUGGCCUAGACCUAUGCGUCUUCUCUACCAUUCAUCAUGACUUGCACCGUCAGCGCCGCUCUGCACUUAAUCCCUACUUCAGUAUGGCGAACGUGAGAAGGCUGCAGCCAGUCAUACAGGAGAGACUCAGGGUCAUGUUGAGGCGCAUGGGCGAGUUCAAGGACACUGAUCAUGUGCUAAAUGUGAGCUGCUUGUUCUCGGCUCUAGGAAAUGACGUCGUGAACAUCUAUUCAUUUGCGCGUUGCGAUUACAGGCUUGAGUCUCCAAACUUCGACCCUUCUUCUCGGGACGCUGCCCUUGUGGGGUUGCACUCGAUCCACAUCAUGAAACAUGUGCCCUGGGUUCAUUCAGUAAUGAAAGCACUGCCGAUGUCUGUGGUCCAGCGGAUACAGCCGGCUCUUGCAUCUUUCCUUGCAGAGCACGAGACGGCCAAGGCACAAGUUCAACGGAUCAAGGCUGGCAAGAAUGACGAAUGGCGAAGCAAAGACCAUCCAACUAUCUUCCACGCAAUAUUGGAUUCAAAGCUUCCACCCCAAGAGAAGACAGUGGAACGAUUGGCCGAAGACGCUCAAGUGGUGGUCAUGGCUGGAACGCUGACGACAGCAUCCACGUUGGAACUGAUCACAUUCUGGCUGCUUCGUCAGCCUGAGACCCUGCGGAAGCUCAAAGAUGAGUUGCGAACUAUGGUUCCCUCGGUGGAUGAUAUUGACAAGACGCCCCUCGCUACCAUUGAAUCUCUACCUUACCUCACGGCCGUGAUCAAAGAAGGCCUACGGUUGGGUUAUGGUCUGUCGACCCGGUCUCAGAGGAUUGAUCCCGAGAAGCCAAUACUCUUCACGGACAGAACAAAUGGUAAGGAAUGGGUGAUUCCUCCAAAGACUUCGGUCAGUAUGACCAGUGUACAAGUCCAUUGCAAUGAAGAUAUAUUCCCCGAGAGUCGCAAGUUUGUUGCCGAGCGCUGGCUGGGCGAAGAAGGCAAACGGUUGGACAAAUAUCUCACUGCAUUCUCAAAAGGAAGUCGUAAUUGCCUUGGAAUAAACCUUGCAUACGGCGAGUUAUAUCUGACGCUUGCGUAUCUUUGGAGGAAUUGGGGCAGUAGAAAGGCAACAUUCGGAGAUGAUGUUGGUAUAUUGGAGUUGUUUGAGACUACGGUGCGCGAUGUCGAGAUGGAGGCAGAUCAUUUCAUUCCGACACCGCAGAAAGGAUCCAAAGGUAUCCGGGUUAAGGCUUUUGCAAAGUAGAAUAGGUAUCACUCUAGACCAUAAGCACUCUUCAUCGGACUGCAAAUGCCGGGAUUAUAGAAGCGGAUGGUACAUGAAGAAGUUCGAUAUGAGGAGGAAAUUGGCCGUUUGUAGUAAACAUCUGUCAUGUGAG